AUGGGCGGCGGUCUGACCUGUCCGGCCUGUGUGGCCUCGCAGGACUCGUUGCCAUCAGCUUCCUCGCGACGCACGCCAGCGCUAAUAGUGAGUAGUAGGCUGACUGCCACACACCACUGGCAGUGCCAUGGCACCCAACUGCUUCUCCUCGCGACCCACGCCAGCGAUGUUGAUGUACCUUCAACGAUUCUGACAAGACAUGCGUGGGUGAGUGGUGGAGUGUGGGUGAGUGGUGGAGGAGUGUGGGUGAGUGGUGGAGUGUGGGCGAGUGGUGGAGUGUGGGCGAGUGGUGGAGUGUGGGCGAGUGGUGGAGUGUGGGUGAGUGCUGGAGUGUGGGUGAGUGCUGGAGUGUGGGUGAGUGCUGGAGUGUGGGUGAGUGCUGGAGUGUGGGUGAGUGCUGGAGUGUGGGUGAGUGCUGGAGUGUGGUUGAGUGCUGGAGUGUGGGUGAGUGCUGGAGUGUGGCUGAGUGCUGGAGUGUGGUUGAGUGCUGGAGUGUGGUUGAGUGCUGGAGUGUGGUUGAGUGCUGGAGUGUGGUUGAGUGCUGGAGUGUGGGUGAGUGCUGGAGUGUGGUUGAGUGCUGGAGUGUGGGUGAGUGCUGGAGUGUGGGUGAGUGGUGGAGUGAGAAACAUUUGA